UGCUUCGGAUAACUUUACGAGAAAGUACACAUGUGUGCAUGUGUGUCAAAAAACUCGGGCAAUCUGGUAGGCGAAUUACUGUAAAACGACUUGGAUAGAAGGACACUUUAUGACAAACUUUCGCCAACUUAAGAUUAAGAGUAGAAGUUGAAAGAAAAACGCCUCUUCAUACGGUUUCCACUGUCCUAUAGAUAGACUGUUUCAUCUCUUGUGACCAGAAGAGUCCAGUGCUUCCCACAGGUCAAGAUGGCCACGUCGGAAAAGCUGACCAGGAUAGCCAUCGUCAACGCCGACAAAUGCAAGCCCAAGAAAUGCAGACAGGAAUGCCGCAAGUCAUGUCCUGUUGUGAGGAUGGGUAAGCUUUGCAUUGAAGUGACCCCAGCCAGCAAAAUAGCAUAUAUCUCAGAACAACUUUGUAUUGGAUGUGGUAUCUGCGUGAAGAAAUGUCCAUUUGAGGCUAUUCAUAUCAUCAAUCUGCCCAGUAAUCUUGAGAAGGAUACAACGCAUAGAUACAAUGCAAAUUCUUUUAAGCUACAUAGAUUACCCACCCCAAGACCCGGUGAAGUUCUAGGACUUGUAGGGACCAACGGAAUCGGCAAGUCAACGGCUCUAAAAAUCCUUGCAGGAAAACUCAAACCAAAUCUAGGAAAAUUUCUAGCACCACCAGACUGGCAGCAGAUCUUGGUCUACUUCCGCGGGUCCGAGCUCCAGAACUACUUCACCAAGAUCCUAGAGGAUGACCUGAAGGCCAUCAUCAAGCCCCAGUAUGUGGACCAGAUCCCAAGGGCUGUCAAGGGUACUGUUCAAGUCCUGCUGGAUAAGAAAGAUGAAACCGAAACACAAGAUGACAUAUGUAUACGUCUAGAUCUAACCAAAGUCAAGGAUCGCAAGGUUGAUGAGUUAUCGGGGGGAGAAUUACAGAGGUUUGCUUGCGCUGUGGUAUGCAUCCAGAAAGCUGACAUCUACAUGUUUGAUGAACCUUCCAGUUAUCUUGAUGUCAAACAGCGUCUCAAAGCCGCCCUGGCCAUCAGAUCCCUCAUACAUCCUCAAAAGUACAUCAUUGUAGUGGAGCAUGAUUUAUCAGUGUUGGAUUACUUGUCUGAUUUCAUCUGUGUUCUCUACGGUGUCCCCGGUGCUUAUGGUGUAGUCACGUUACCCUUCAGCGUGAGGGAAGGAAUCAACAUCUUCCUGGAUGGCUUUGUGCCGACGGAAAACCUGAGAUUCCGAGAGACAUCGCUGAUCUUCAAGGUCUCGGAGAAUGCAGAAGAGGAGGAAAUCAAGAGGAUGUGCCACAACCAGUACCCAACAAUGAGCAAAACAUUACGUUCGUUCCAUAUGGAUAUCAAGCAAGGUGACUUCACUGAUUCUGAGAUCAUUGUGAUGCUGGGAGAGAAUGGGACCGGGAAGACAACCUUCAUCCGGAUGUUGGCCGGCCUUCUCAAACCUGAUGAGGAAGGAGUGAAAGUGCCGCAGCUGAACAUCAGUUAUAAGCCACAGAAGAUCAGUCCAAAGUCUCAGGGGACCGUCAGGCAGCUCCUACAUGCCAAGAUCAGGGACUCGUACGUUCAUCCGCAGUUCGCAACGGACGUCAUGAAACCACUCCUCAUCGAGAGCAUCUUUGACCAAGAGGUUCAGAACUUGUCCGGUGGUGAGCUUCAGCGUGUGGCCCUGACUCUGUGCCUUGGUAAACCAGCUGAUGUCUACCUGAUUGACGAACCUUCAGCCUACCUGGACUCUGAGCAGCGUCUGGUGGCUGCUAAGGUCAUCAAGAGGUUCAUCCUGCAUGCGAAGAAGACUGGGUUCGUGGUGGAGCACGACUUCAUCAUGGCUACCUACCUGGCUGAUAGGGUCAUCGUGUUUGAUGGUGUACCAUCCAUCCAGACUGUAGCAAACACCCCGCAGUCAUUGCUCGUCGGCAUGAACAAAUUCCUCAAAUCCCUGGACAUCACCUUCCGACGAGAUCCCAAAAACUUCCGACCUCGCAUCAACAAGCUCAAUUCCGUCAAGGACGCCGAACAGAAGAGGAACGGCAACUUCUUCUUCCUCGAAGACUAAGGUCUCAGUCUCACAAAGCAUGUCGAGUCCAAGCCACGUGAAUGCAUCAAGGUCCCUCGGUACCUCGGAAAGUUGGUGGGGGAAAUCUGUCAUUAAAAUGGGGUUUUAUCUGUCCCCUAGGGCCUGGCGGAUGUUGCAUAUUGCAGUACAGUUUGUCAAAAAAGGUUAUCUUGAUGCCCUGCGUAUCAUGUCAUGGUCAUCAGAGUUUAUUGACUCAGGGAGACCACUUUAAUAUAUUAGUGAUACCUCGCCACUCUGUGACCUGAAAUGCUACUUAUCAAUCCGCCAGGAUCUCAGAUCCUGUCAAUGUUCAUCGUUGUCCAUUUUCAGGUGCAUUUCUCCUCGUAACAUCCCUCAGUCCGAGUCAUUAUGAUUUAGAUUUAUUCCAAUUUUGUGAAUAGAACUUCGACUUUUUCGCUUUAUAUAUUUUGAAAUGACUUAUUUAUGUCUUCUUUUGCUUCAUUGAUUUAGACAUAUUUUCAC